CAAAUGAUUGUUUCUAACCACUAAACAGGAACAAAAAAUGGAAGGGAAGGUACCUAUUUCUACGUCUGACACAAUGUACCAACGCUUCGAAGAAGGGAAAAUUUAUCACAUUAGAUAUUUUAAUCUCCUCCCCAAUAACCAACGUUACAGGCUUACCGAUCAACCAUACAUAAUCAAUAUCAAAGAAACAACAACUAUUACACUGAUUCAAGAAAACAUUGCACCGAUUCCUUCAUACAUAUUCCGGCCACAACGCUACACCCAGUUGAUCAGCUUAGCAAGUGAAACCAACUUCCUACCAGAUGUUGUUGGCCGCAUUUGCCUCAUCCAAGGAAGUGAUUUAUAUAACCACUACACAGAUUCAAAAAUCAUCAUUGGAUUACGUUUAGACAGAUCGAAAUUGGUACGUCUAACUUUAUGGGACAAGGAUGCAUCUAAUUUCAGGGAGUUAAAUCGCAUAUCAACAAGGAAAAAACAAGUCGUAAUCAUCACAAGUAUCAUUCCACGGAUACAUGAAGGUAAUAAACUAAACAUAAACUUUACAGAAAACUAAAUGCUAACAAAUAUUUGCCUUUUUCAGAAAAACUAUCACUUACAGCAACACCUGGAACGCGCUUCUACUUUAACAACGAAAUUGAUAUCAUUCAACGCUUCCAAAAGAGGAAUAAACUGCUAUCUUAAGCCUCAUAGCAAACACCACCAGUCAACUUUUAAAACAUUUACGUUACCACUUCCUACAUCAAUUAAAUUGUCACACACAAAGAUUAUUUUCUCAUUCAAAUAUCGAAUUCCUCAAAACUAUUUAUUAUUCAUACUUACAGUUGUUUUUU